UGUGACCUGGAUCAGAAUAUUUUCUUCGACUUCAGUUUUCAAAAUGAGAACAUGAGUGGAAGCAGGACAGAAAUGUUCGCAGGGUUAACUGUAACACGACAGUUAAGACCACUUGGUUCCGAUGGCUUCCGCAGGAGAUGUUGGUUGCACAUGAGAGCCAGGUUCCCUACUCUCGAAGCGGUUCCCGAAAUAAAACGAGCUGUGGCACGUUUCUGCCAUAUCGAGGAAAGUGGCGUACACUCUGAUUGGGUGAGGGAGGUCCAGCUACGAUAUAAGAAAUAUGCUGUUGACAAGAAAUGCAAGAGGAAGGGGGCAGCAGUGAAGCAGAGAGCAGCAUCGGAUCAUCCCCCAGUUACUGCUGCUGGUACCCAGACAGAUCCACUGCACGCAUUGCACUGCAAGGAUUGUGUGACCAAUGCCAUGCGGCAUGUCCUGGACGAAAAGGCGGCGGAAAUUGCGGAGAUGAGGACCAAUCUCCUCCUCCACCAAGCACCCUCUCCGACCCCAGCACCCGUCAGCAGUAUCCUGAUCAGAACCCCUGACCCCAUCCGCUCUCGCUCGCGAACUCCCUCCGUCAGUUCAAAUGGGCCAGGACCGUCCCGUUCCAGUCACGGUACACCAGUCUGUGCUGUGCAACCACGAUCACGGAUUAAUUCAGCAGCAUCCAGUAUCAGUGCGGACAACUGGGGGCCCGAAUCUGUCAUAGAAGCCAGAGUCCGCAUGGCUGCUGAGAGGAAAAAAAAGGCCUCUCAAAAGAAGCUCACUGCGACUGAGAUUUUCCGACAGCGUUGGGGAGGUUCAGUUUAACUAUAAAACUUGUAAAUACACUGAAUUUAUUAUUAAUUUUUGAAAAAUUAUGUGAUGUUUGUUCCGUGAUACUAACUUUUUUUUGUGACACUAAUUCAUUAACUCUAUUUGUGAUACUAAUUUAUUAACUAAUUUUAUGAUACCAAUUUUGUGACACUAAUUUUGAUAGACUGUGGGAUACUGAAGGGAAAAGAAGCAGUUCUAACGAGCUCUUCUCAAACACAAGGAUAUAUCUUGUGAACUUGGCUGGUAUAUAUGAAACAUUUGACACGGAGUUGUAGAGUGAGCUAUGUGCCUCGCCAGGGCUAAAGUAGUGAAUGACCUUGCUGUACGGCAAG